CGUAGAACGCGCGAACUGUCAUCUCAAGAUGCGGCGUGCGACUUUUCUUCGUGUCUAUACAUAUUGCAUUAAUACAAGCAAAUGUGAAUAUCAAUCAUUUGUUUAUGUACAUUUUUCCUUAAUAAUAUUUUACGCAAUUAUACUGAAUAUUCUGCACAGAUUCAACAAAUCACGGGCGUCCUCAAAGUGAUUAAAAAAUAUAUAUACACACACACACAAUACAUACAAUACGCUGUUUUCUUCUAUCAAAAUUUAUUCUUGCAGUAACCGGCGUCUGAAUCUUUUUUAAAUACAUGAAACAAUUGAAAGACAAACUGAACAAUUGAAACUGAAUAAUAAUUGGAAAAUUUUAUGUUCAUAAUGAUUGGUUAAAUAAGCAACUGUUGAGAUUCGAGUUACAAAAAAUAGCCUAGAUCAGUAACAGAAGACUAGUUAAUUUUUUAAAUUAAUUUUUAAUUUUUUAAAUUUUAUAUUUCAUUUUAUUGAUAAUAAACAUGGAUCCGAUAAGGCACUUGGUCCUUUUUUUCUUUUAUAUUUUAUUCAUCACGAAGACAAAUGCGGAUGUAAUAGUAUGUAAAAAUCUUGGAGCAAAAAUAUUUUUAGAACCCAAGGAUGUUGUGAUGGUAAUAUUAAGCCAAAAGGAGGGCUAUCAUGCAGCUCACGCAGACUUGACGCAAAAACACAUCUAUGAACAAGCUAGUGCUAUGGAAAAAAAGUCGCCAAAAGUUGUAUUGUCUCAUAAACUUGACAUUAAAGGUUCCUGGAUGAUAACUCCAUUGUUAAUUUAUUUGUCGGAUCAAUUUCCAAAUGCAAAAUGGUUCUUCUUUUGUUUGGAAAACACAGUGAUUCAGUUAGCAAAGCUGCUAAUUGUUCUAGAAAAAUUUGAUGUGUCUCAGAAUGUGUGGAUCGGACAUGCACUUUAUGAUCAUGAACCUACUAUUAUUCAUCAUUUUGCGAAGAAUAAGAAAUUUAAGUAUCCGCAUGUGGCAGCUGGAUUUGCUAUGACUUUCAAGUUGUUGAAGAGUUUAGCUCGACAAAUAUCUGCGGAUAAGGAACCAAAGAUAGAUUUUUCCAUUGAUGCAUCCUACGAAUUCGCGGACUUUGUUUUAAAGAGUACAAAUACAAGAUUGACUCAUGUAUCCAAAAUAUGCAUUGUAUCCAGCUCUGAUUGUGCUACGUAUCCACGCAUUUUUUAUCAAUGUAAUUCUCCUGCAGUAGAUAAGGUGUUUUUUGCCGUUAAGACCUGCGCCAAAUAUCACACGGAUAGAAUUCCAGUGAUUAAAAAUACAUGGACCAAGUACAGCAUAAAUGUCGGAUAUUUCAGUGAUAUAGCCGACCACAACUUACGGGAAGCAUACGUCGUAGCGAACACUACUGAAGGACAUUGCGCCAAAACUUAUGGCAUUUUGCAGGCAGCGAGUAAUUUGAUGAAAAGAUACAAAUUUGAUUGGCUUGUUAUCGCCGAUGAUGAUACUAUAUUCAGCGUAGCACGUUUAUUAGGUUUGCUUACGUGCUACAAUCCCGAGCACUUAAUUGCUAUUGGCGAACGCUAUGGCUUUCGUAUGUGGGACAGUCAUCACGGAUAUCAGUACUUAACCGGCGGCGCGGGGAUUGUAUUAUCAGCUCCUUUGGUCCGCGAAAUAAUAAAACCGGGCGUAUGCGAGUGCCCGUCCGCCACCACUCCCGAUGAUAUGUAUCUCUUUGGAUUCUGCUUAUCCCGACUUGGAGUCGAACUUGUACAUUCUUCAAUGUUCCACCAGGCACGACCCACGGAUUACGCUUACGCUUACCUGGCACUUCAGGAACCUAUAUCGUUCCACAAAUUCUGGAUGCUGGAUCCUGAAGCUGUAUACGAUGAAUGGUUUGCAGAGGCAGAUAGUGAUCUACCAAAACCGCCGAUGCAUGUAGAAUUGUAAUGUAAAACAUUGAUACAGAAAUAUCUAAAAUAAAUAUUUUUCUUAUUUUUAUA